GAUAGGAAGAGAUAUAUAUAUAUUUCCCUUUCUUGAUUGUCAUAAUCUAUCUGAAGGGGAAAAAACAAUCUGAUUAUUACAUUUAACAACUUAUAUAUAAUAUUAUUGACAAAAACAUAUAUAACAUUAAAUCUACAAAAUCUAAUUAUAUUCGUAUUUUAAAUUUUUUACCCAUACUUUCCAUGACGUGGGAGUGCAUGGUUCGCCAUUGGAAUAAUUGUAGCAAAUGCUACCGCGCGGUAUUUUCAGAGUACCUCCAUUGAUUCCCUGUUUGACAGCUGGGCGCUGUGUACUCUUACAUUUACUUGCGAGACGAGAAAGAUCGAAGACGAGCUUGAAGAUCAGAAAGAAGUGGAGGAUUAGGUUUAGGAGGACCCUUUGCGUUGAAGUCUGUGGGGGUAUAAAGGUGAUGAUAGCUGUGUUUUCUGUCGGAGUGGAAAUUAUGGAAAGCAGACAACGUUUGUUUUUCAACUGUAGCUACUGUUUGAGAAUAUGGAGGGAAGGCAUGAACAGUUCAAUGCAAUGUUCUUAAUUCUCCAACUGACUGGGAGGAGCUGGUUGAGUUGGAAAAGCGGGAAUGGAAGAAUAAGUCUCUCAAGGCUAACAUCUGUAGAUUGGUGCUGAGUGCUACGGUGUACAAUAUUUGGAGAAACCGUAAUGAGCUUAAAUAUGGCAAUCAUCCCAAAACAGAGGAGCAACUGAUGCAAAAAAUCUUCUGGGAAGUUCGUACUCGAGUCCUGGGAAAAGGCAGAUUCAAGAAGAUUACUGAGAAUAUGGAUCUUUGUAGAAAUUGUAGUAUAAAGGAAGAGAUCUUGGUUUGAUUGUGUUAGAUGCUGUCUUGUCCUUGCCUUCCAGUAGUUUUGUCUGGUUUAUUCUGUAGAAUCAGCUUGGCUCGGUUUUUCUGCAGUUUUACUGUUCACGUGAGUUUUGGCUUUUGCUCAUGCAGUUUUCUGUUUAGAACAGUGUUUUGUUGUUUGUUGGGUGGGGUUUUGUUUGAGUAGUUGUUAUGGUGUUCUGAUACUGUCUGUAGUAUCUUUGUAGUUCAGUUGUUUUGCUGAUUUGUGUGUAAUUGGUUUAGUUGUAAUGAAAAGCUUAUUCAUCAACAAAAAAAAAAGAAGUUGGGCUUAUUGGGAAGCUUUUCUCGUGGGGUUGCUGACAGGCAAUGUAGACUGGUUCUUACUCUUACUUUUUCUUUUCUUUUCUUUUUUUCAUUUGUUUUAAUCUUUUUGUGUUUGAAUCCUUUGGAGCCUGGUGGGGUUUAAAGUUUGUAAUGCUGUGGUAAGCUUGCAAGUUGCAAUGAUUCAUAAAAUUCCAUGUUCAUUUUCUGUUUUCUGGGGUUUAAAGAUUGAUUUUCAUUGCAGUAUCGAUACUUGGCUCAUUUGGAAUCACAGAAUUUGGGGAUAUUUGGAGGAUGCCAGACUUGGAUCAAGAUAAGGCGAAGGCUCUUCAAGAAAAGGGAGAGGCUGAACAAAAAAUGAUGAGUGGUGACUAUAGUGGUGCGAGGGAUAACUUACACAGAGCACAACAGCUUUUUUCAGCUAUUGAUGGCAUUGACUCAAUGGUGACUGUCUGUGACAUACUGUCUGCUGCCAGUAACAAGUUUUCUGGUCAAGGAAUUGAUUACUACUGGGUUCUUCAGCUUCCGCCUUCAUCUAACUUCUCUGAUGUUAAAAAUCGCUACCAGGGGCUCCUUGCCUUGUUGCAACCUAUCAAGACAAAGUUCUUGGGCACCCAAUUGGCUCUGAAACUUGUAGAAGACGCAUUUUCCAUUCUAUCUAACCAUGAGAAGCGUUCCAUGUAUGAUUUGGAAAGGGCUGCAAUUAGAGAAGAUUAUGCAUCUUUGAAUGUAAAAGAUUUAUUAUGUCAACAUAUGGCAAGUAAGGAAACAAAAACUUUGGGUGGAACCAGCAGAGCAACGACGAUAUUUUCAGAAGGUAUUGGAACUCUGGAAUUCAAACUCCAAAACUUUGACGUUGAUCAACAACAUGGUGGAGUUAUUUGUCGACAACCGCUCAGUAAGGUUUCUGCUGACUUGCAUUCUAAAGGGAAAGUUGGAGCAGACAUAGAUAUGUCUAGAGACAGUAUAAAUUCGUCAACAACAUCACAACCAACGAAUUUUCAGGAGAAUUCAUCUUGUUCUUCCAUAGCUUUGGCACAGAAAAGCCAUUGUCAGGACUUCUAUAACUUUGAGAAUGAUAGAAAACCCGAGCAUUUCAAGGCCGGUCAGAUCUGGGCAGCUCAAUAUAGAGCAAAUCUACCUAAUAACUUUCGGUAUGCUCGAGUCUGA